UGAUCACCAUGAUGACUAAAGUUAGGUGAUAGGUUGAAUCCAUAUUAGUAAGAGUAGUAACAGAGAAUCGAAUUGACCUGCAUUUUUGUCGUGCGAAAUUAUAGUGUAUGUUAGAAAAUCAGAAUCUCCUAAAAAAAAAAAAAAAAAGAUUAUUCAGACAGAGAUAUUCGCUCUCGCCACCUUAAUUACUCUCCGAAAAAAGAAAAAGGAGAAAGAAAACGAUAUAUGAUGGAUACCCAGGAAAAUGGAAAUGUGGGUGUCAAAAAGUACAGGAGAAUCGAUCUCGAUAAAAUGGAAUUGGAGGAUGAGGAAUUAUCUGCUGUUUCUCAUCCAUUACAAGGAAAUGUGAACACAAACAACGAAAGCGGCUCCUGUGUAAUGGCGUACGCCAUUUUCGCCUCUCUCAAUUCUGUCCUCCUUGGAUACGAUGUAGGGGUGAUGAGUGGGGCCAUUCUAUUCAUUCGAGACGACCUGAAACUCACCGAAGUUCAAGAAGAAGUCUUCGUCGGAAUCCUAAGCAUCAUCUCCCUAUUCGGAAGUUUAGCCGGCGGUAAAACCUCCGACGCUAUCGGCAGAAAGUGGACAAUGGGAUUAGCAUCUCUUGUAUUCCAAUCCGGUGCCGCCAUUACCGCCCUCGCCACGUCAUUCACGCUACUAAUGACCGGCCGAUUGCUCUCCGGCAUCGGAAUCGGCUUCGGAAUUAUGAUCGCGCCCAUUUACAUAGCAGAAAUUGCACCCUCCACCGCAAGAGGAACCCUCACUUCACUCCCUGAAAUCUUCAUAAACUUAGGCAUACUCCUCGGUUAUAUUUCCAAUUACGCCCUCUCGGGUUUACCCUCGAACAUAAACUGGAGAAUUAUGCUGGCCGUGGGUAUUCUCCCCUCGGUUUUCAUCGGAUUCGCCUUGUUUGUCAUUCCCGAAUCUCCUAGGUGGUUGGUCAUGCAAAAUCGUAUAGACGAAGCAAGAAUGGUUCUACUAAAAACGAACGAAAAUGGUAGUGAAGUUGAUGACAGGCUGGCGGAAAUACGAAAAGCUGCAACCUUUGCGAACGAAGGGAAAGCUGCGUGGCGCGAUCUGCUUGUUAAUCCGACACCUGGCGUGAGAAAGAUGCUCGUAACGGGGUGUGGGAUUCAGAUAUUCCAACAGAUAACGGGAAUCGAUGCGACUGUUUACUACAGUCCGAGAAUAUUCGAAAAUGCGGGGAUUAAGGAUAAUACGGAUAUUUUAGCUGCAACAGUGGCCGUUGGAUUUACUAAAACGAUUUUCAUCUUGAUAGCGAUAUUUUUAAUCGAUAGAGUUGGGAGGAAGCCGUUGCUUUACGUGAGUACGAUAGGGAUGACUUUUUGCUUGCUCUGUUUAGGGUUGACUCUUUGGACAUCGGGCGAGGGUACAAUCGGGAUUGUGCUGGCGGUUUUGUUUGUUUGUGGGAAUGUGGCAUUUUUCUCCAUUGGGAUUGGCCCCGUUUGUUGGGUUGUUUCUUCCGAGAUUUUCCCGUUGAAGCUUCGAGCUCAAGCUUCUGCUAUGGGGGCAGUGGGGAGCAGAGUGAGUAGCGGUUUGGUGGCUAUGUCUUUUCUUUCGGUUACUCGAGCGAUAACGGUUGGAGGGGCAUUUUUGGUAUUUGCAGCGAUUUCUGCUGUUUCCGUUGCUUUUGUUCACAAGUGUGUUCCGGAAACAAAAGGGAAAUCGUUGGAGCAAAUCGAGAUGCUGUUUUUCAAGAACGAGCGAACCGAAGGUGAAGUUGGGCUUGGAGAUGUUGAGCAUCUCAUAGACAGGCAAUAACAUUUAAUUUUUUUAAUUUUUAUCGGGGAUGUAGAUAGAUAUAUAAACAGAAUAUAUAUAUAUAUAUAAUAUAUAUAUAUAGUUGAGAAAUAGUUUAUUUACAGAAG